GUAAGUACCCACGUCCCUUAAUCCGGUUUUCCAGUCCCAGCAUUCCUCAGCAGUUUUCGUACCCAGGCAGCACUCCUGCCAAAUCCUAGGAACAGCCAAUUGGAUCAGGGAGUGUGAGACCAACAGACCAGUCACCCAGACAGACGGGCGGGAGAGAGCGUGGCCAAAUCCGGCCCUGCCCCUGCUCCGUGGCUGGCUCCCUUCCGGCUGGCGCCUCCGGCGAUACCAGAAGACAUGGGCAAUACCUGGCGGAGUCCUGGGUGGGUGCGGCUCGCGCUCUGCCUCGCGGGCUUAGUACUCUCUCUCUACGCGCUGCACGUGAAGGCGGCGCGCGCCCGGGACCGGGAUUACCGCGCGCUCUGCGACGUGGGCACCGCCAUCAGCUGUUCGCGCGUCUUCUCCUCCAGGUUGCCUACAGGGCCGCUGGGCAUCUGUCCUGCUGGUGUUGAGUUCCCUGGUGUCUCUAGCUGGUUCUGUCUACCUGGCCUGGAUCCUGUUCUUCGUGCUCUAUGAUUUCUGCAUUGUUUGCAUCACCACCUAUGCCAUCAACGUGGGCCUGAUGGUGCUGAGCUUCCGGGAGGUCCAGGAACCCCAGGGCAAGGUCAAGGGGCACUGAGCCCUCACCCCAAGCCAGGCUGACCUCAUCUGCUCUGCUUUGGCUUGUGAUCUUUGCCCAAGGAGGCUACGUCUGGAUCCUUAGAAGAGUCUGCAACCUGCCCCUGCCAUACUCCCACACAGGACAAUGGACCAAACAUGCCACACUGUUUCCUUCACCUUAGUGCCUCUGCCUCUGUCCCCAAAGACUGGUUUCCAAAGUUCCUGCUAUUGCCCAAGGAGGGAUGGUUCAGAGCAAUAAAAUUCCUUAAAUAAAUUAGCCAAAUCUGAGCCAUCUGUCUGCCAGGGACCUUAGUGUUGGGGCUUUCCCAGUCUUUCCUCCUCUGGGACAGGAAGAUAUGAGUCAGAACGAGAGUGGAGGGCCUGCUGGGAAGGGUAGUCUCUUCUCCAGUAUGUGGAGUCAGCAAGACCUGGGGUGCCAUCAGCCCCCACUCCCAGGAAAUGGGCUGGCAGCUUGUCCCUCCUACCCACAGAAGCCAGGCCUUGUCUUCUGGGACAGCCAAGCAUGUGAGAUCUGCCUUUCUGGUUCUAUGCAGGCUUGCUGGGAAGUUCUUCCUGUAGUCUAACCUAACCCCUCCAGCUGCCUUAUCUACCACCCCAAGCCAGUCUUGGCAGCCCUGGAGGGCCAGGUACAGGUUGUGUUUUUGUUUUGUUUUUCCCAGUAUGUACUAAGCACUUAUCCACAUGUGACUCACUGUUUAAGACCCUGACAUGUCAACUCUUUUAAUCCUUAUAUCAAUUGUAUGAGGUAGGUAUUAUUCUUACAGUCAUCCCUUGGUAUCCACAGGAGAUUGGUUCCGAGACUCACCUACCCACCCCCAAAACAAAAUCCGAGGAUGCUCAAAUCCCUUAUAUAAAAGGGCAUAGGGAAUUCCCUGGCCGUUC